AUUUUUCAUCCACAGCCUUCUAAAACAGUUUUAACUACAUAUCCCAGAAUGCUUUGCUUCAACAAUAACACUUCCGCUGUAAACAGGAAGUUGGGUUUAUGAAGGAAAUAUGAAGCGGGUCGCUCGCCGGGUGUGUGACGACGGCCCGCUUCCUGAGGAGCAGGAGACCGAGGGUCAGAGGCAGCUUCACAACCUGUUGCUCCAGCAGCUCGACACGGACGUCGACAUCGACCGCUGCGUAGCUAAGAAGAAAUGUUUUGCCCCGGCUGCGCUGUACAAGCCGUUUGGGGAACAGGCGGCAGGAGUGCGCAGUCUGGCACAGUUCCAGGAGCUGCAGGAUGGAGAGCAGGAACUGGCCAGCCUGAGAGAGCUGGGCCUCACCGACGCCGAGAUCCAGCUGUGGAGGAACAGAGACGUGCAGGACAAGACGAGCAGCGGGAAGAAUCAUGGCGUGAUCGUAGCUCCUGAAGCACGGGACAAGCGAAUGCAGGUCAUCUGGGACAAGAUGGCGGCGAGGGCAGAGUUACUGUCCCGUCCUCAGCGCUUCUCGGGCAGUCGAGCUCUCACACGGAGAGAGAUGGAGAUCGAGAAGGCUCUGUUCCAUGGCACUGACCGCUCCAACUUCCUGACUUCCCUCUACCAUCAAGAGGGAGCUUCGGACGAUGGCCAACAGGGGGCGACAUUUUCAAACCCAAUGGAUUCUUUAUACAGAGACAUCCUGAACGAUGAACAGAAACACACAGAGAGCGUCACAUACUUUCCCCAGACGGAUUCCGAUCGCAACCGAACACCACGUCUGGACCCAGGAACAGACGCGGACCCAGACUCGGAUCGGUCGGACGCUCUCAACAGCCAAUCAGAAGUAAUAACUCCUUCUAAGAAUCAAGCAUCUGUUCCACUAAAACCGACAGUAAACCAGUCCAUCGGACGCGUGACCUCGUGUCGCGGUCCGGUGACCGUCAGCGGCACAUUAGAAGAGAUUUCAGACGAGGAGAUCAGGAACAAUCGGGAGACGGAGGACGGAAUAAGGAGAAUCUCACGCUUUCAGAGCUAUCAGCGCGGAGAGCCGUCGAACGUGUUGUGUGUGAAGAACAUGAGUCCACGGGCCUCUUUGUCCCAGCUGGUGGCUCUUUUCUCCCGCUUUCAGAAGGACGACACAAAUCCAGUUGUGUACCGCAUCCUGACAGGCAGACUGAAGGGCCAAGCGUUCAUUACCUUCUCAGAUAUAGAGACCGCACAAGCAGCGUUGGAUACAGUGAAUGGCUACAGGCUGCAGGGAAAAGUCCUGGUGAUCGAAUUUGCCCGAGAGAGAAGACAAGCCAAGACCGAGGACUCUCCAGAAAAUCCCAGAAUUAAAGAAUCUACAGCACAAAAGGAUCCGAGAAGCUGAGAAACACGUCAGGACACGCUGUAGUACGACGGUGUGAUCCGGCUCGACGUGAAGUCCUUCCUCUUAUCCCACAGCGAUUUCCCCAAACCUUACAUUUUUAAUUUAUUAAAGAAUUAUACAAUUUUUUUUUUUUUUCUCGCACCUUUAAAGUCACAUUUCAUGUUGUGGAACAUCCUCAAAUAGAUAAUAAUUCCUAAUAUCUCUCGCACUAUACUGUCAACAGCUAUAAACUGUCGUCCUCUCAUCAACCUCUUUUUUUUUUUAUCUCUCUGUUGACGUAAACACCGGAGACUCCAAAAGUGCUCGAUAAACGUCUUCUCACACAUAUCUAAAAUUGUCCAACGAACAAUGACACGUUUACUUGGAGUAUCUGUAGCACUGCUUCGUUGUUGUUUUAUGUUUAUGUCUGUAUGUAUGUUGCACCCUUGACCCGUGAGAUCUCGUUCCACUGCACGUCUCAACAUGUAGAGGAAUGACAAUAAAGCUAACUUGAACUUGAA